AGCGAGUGAGAUGCGGUGAGGAUGAGUUGAGUGGAGGAGCGGCAGAGGAAGUAGGAGGCACGGGCUGUAGUAGGAGCUGCUCACAAUUCAUUGCAGGUCUGUGUUGCAGUGGCACCUGGACUCUGACUUGAGUUGCAUCUUGAUUCCUCUCCACUUCCAUCCACUCAUAAGCUGCGCUCAUUCUUGCGUUUUGUCGCCACUUUUGUGCGUUGUUGGCAUUUCCUGUCUUUCUAAGUUUUUCGCUGUUGCCCUGCCUAUCUGCUGCAAACAGGUUGCAAAAGAAAAACCUUCCCUUGCGCUCCUUUUUUUUUUGACUUAAAGAGUUGAUUCAAUCUUGGGCAAGAUGAUGAUAAUCAUUGCGGAGUUCUUCGUGGUUAUUCUGAAGGUGCUGUGGGCUUUUGUAACAGCCGGGGCUAAGUGGGUUGUGCGGCCAAAGGAGAAGAGCGUGGCGGGACAGGUGUGUGUGAUCACCGGGGCUGGAAGCGGCCUCGGUCGUUUGUUCGCAAAGGAGUUCGCUCGGAGAAGGGCGAUCUUAGUGUUAUGGGACAUAAACAGCCAAAGCAACGAAGAAACGGCGGAGAUGGUGCGUCAGAUUUACCACGAACUGGACGCUCCCGUAACUAAAGACGGUCCUGUUGGAGGAGUCGAGGAAGUGCCUCCUUUCCAGCCGCAGGUCUACACCUACGUGUGUGAUGUGGGAAAACGCGAGAGUGUGUAUUCCACAGCUGAGAAGGUGCGCCGUGAAGUGGGAGAAGUGGACAUACUGAUCAACAACGCCGGUGUCGUGUCUGGCCAUCAUCUACUGGAGUGUCCCGAUGAACUGAUCGAGCGCACCAUGGUGGUCAACUGCCAUGCACACUUCUGGACCACCAAGGCGUUUCUCCCCAAGAUGCUGGAGCUGAAUCAUGGUCACAUUGUGACAGUUGCCAGCUCCCUGGGUUUAUUCAGCACAGCUGGAGUGGAGGAUUACUGUGCCAGCAAGUUUGGUGCCAUUGGGUUCCACGAAUCACUGAGCCAUGAGCUAAAGGCCUCGGAGAAGGACGGCAUCAACAUGACUCUGGUGUGCCCUUACCUGGUCGACACGGGAAUGUUCAAAGGCUGUAGAAUAAGGAAAGAGAUCGAGCCUUUUCUGCCUCCUCUGAAGCCAGAGUUCUGUGUGAAACAGGCCAUGAGGGCCAUCCUCACCGACCAGCCCAUGAUCUGCACACCUCGCAUCGUCUAUAUGGUUAACUUCAUGAAAAGCAUCCUGCCCUUUGAGGCCAUUGUGUGCAUGUACCGAUUCCUCGGUGCCGACAAAUGCAUGUACCCCUUCUUAGCUCAAAGAAAGGAGGCCAUGAACAACAAUGAGGCUAAGAAUGGGAUCUAGCGGGCGCUGUUUGCAACCCAAACAGGGGCACAUAAAACCUGCAAGCAUGAGGAAACAACCACUGAGGAUGAAAAUGGGGAAGAGGGAAGGAAGAAAAGACUGAAUCUAGACUGGUGCACUUGCAUUGAGCAAAUGCAAAGGUUUACCAUAUUGUUCCUCUGGAACAAAGAAAGCUGUGUACUACACAAAGGAUUUAUUUGACUUUAUUUUGUCUUUUUUUUAUUUUAAUUUGUUUAAAGAAACUGUCUAUAUUCUGUGUCACUAGUUUUUUGAAAUCAUACAAAAAAGGUAUCCAAUAAUUAACUAUUUACGUAAUGUAGUCACCAGCCUUAUCUAGUGUCAUUGUGAAAUAUACAGUAUGUUACUGUACAAACAGUAAAAAUCUUUUUCACUUUUUUUUUUGUUUUUGUAGACAUGCACUGUAAUUUCUGAUUUUUCUCUACACUGCCAGCAUUCUCUGUGUAGGAAUGGUUCAACACAGUAUUUAACUACCCCUCUCCCCACACAGAGGCUCUCUGUCAGGCAGGAAGUCAGUCUGCAUACUACAGAUAUACGCCAUUUCAAAUAAAAUAAUAUCUUGCAUUUAAGUUAAUCAUAUUUUGUUAUUGUUUAAAAAAAAGUUACAGACAUGUAGCAUGUUGAUAAUGAAGUCUACGCAUUCCAAAUGGGACAUUUGAUGGCUGCAUUGUGGCUGGCUCUAAUCGUCAAAGGAGCUUCCAGAGUAAUGGGACUCGGUGUCCCUUAAUGGUCCUGUUAUUUCAAGUCUGAAUUGAUUAAGUUCUCAAAUUAAAAGUGAACAAGGGAGUCAGUGUCCUGGGUUGAACCAGCAUGUGUGACACAUUCAGAAUGUACUGCUUUGGGAGAAAUCAAGAGGAAAUAAAUUUUUAUUUCUCUCA